UGCGCGCGGCGGCGAGCGGCAAGUGGUGUGUGUGUAAGUAGCAAGUGAAUAAAGCUGCUGAGCUCUUCCCGCGUGGGUACCUGUCCUGAGAAAACUGGCUGGCUUCCACAACUGCAGAGGUUGAUUUUUAUUUUAUUACAAACCAGUGAAGAUGACACCGAAACAUGAAAAACAAGAAUUUGUAACUGUCUUGGUGCGAGACCCCAGGACACAAAAAGAAGACUCGUGGCAUUCUUACAUAGACUAUGAGAUAUUUAUUCAUACUAACAGUAUGUGCUUUACAAGGAAAACAUCCUGUGUUAGACGACGCUUUCGAGAAUUUGUUUGGCUUCGGCAGAGGCUUCAGAGCAAUGCAGUGCUUAUACAGCUACCUGAACUGCCAUCUAAAACUCCCUUUUUCAAUAUGAACAAUCCUCAUCACGUGGACCAUCGCCGGCAGGGUCUGCAAGAAUUCCUGGAAAAGAUCCUACAGGAUGCAUUAUUGCUUUCAGACAGUAGGCUUCACCUCUUCUUACAGACUCAGCUAAGCCCGGAAGAUAUGGAGGCUUGUGUAUCUGGACAGACCAAAUACUCUGUUGCUGAUGCGAUUCAUAAGUUUGCCUCUUUGAACAGACGUUUUCCUAUAGAAGAUGAAGAGAGAAAAAAAGGAAAAAACGAUGCGGACUCUGAUACAGAGAGUUCAUCCUCUGGGCUCGGACCUAGUGAUGACAGCAUUUCAUGUGGAUGUAAAGCAAGCCCAGCUUCUGAAGAGUCAUGAAAAAUCAUUCCUGUAUUGCUCUCUUAAGGACAGUACAAAGUAGUUUCUGCUCUGUUUACUGGUUACGUAUACCACGUAAACACGGCUGGCUGGUAACGCGUACCUAAAAGACACGUCAGUACAACCAUAUGUCCUUAUAAAAUUUUCAAAACAGACCUUGAUAUUAUUUCUUUGUUGAUUUAUUAUGUAUGUUGAUUCAGGUCUACAUGCUACCUAUUAUGUUUAGGGUUUUGUGACUAUUAAAAUCUCGGUAUUGGGUAAGUCAUGCUCUGCUGACAUACGUGGCAGCUAAAAUAUUUCCCUUGUUGAGUGCAUGCCUUGGAUCCGAAAAACAAAGAUAACUUAAUUCCUCAGCUUAAAAGUUGGUAUAUCAUAUGAAAUAUAUUCAAAGCAUCUUUUUGUAAUUUGCAUCAAGAGAAGUUUCAUCUUUAGAAGUCAUUUGACAUUGGUGAUGAAAUUACAUACCCCACAAGGUAUUCACUUUUUAAAGUAGCCCAGCAACACCAGCAAAACAACAUUUGUACAAACUAUAUGCUGCUGACAAUUUGAGAUGUAUUUAUAUCUUCCUCCGGUCUUUCUGUAAUGUUUAUGGAAAGCUUGGUUUUAUCAUGUAUAAGAACUGAAGGCCAAAAUUCUUGGGCACGGUUGCUUAGGAGUUAGAAAUAUUAAUAAAAAUGACAUCAUUUCUAGGCUUGCUGGAGAUUCUCAGUUCCCAGGGAAUUACGGAUACUUGUUCCCAGUGAAAAUCCUGGAUGAGGUCCAUUGAAGCCAAUGGCUGAAUUUUGCAUCAAUCUCACUAGGGCCGGGAUUUCACCCAGCGUGUUUAACUUUAGGCACUUUCAUUUGAACAUGCCAGGAGAGGUGUUUCAGUUUAGCAGUUUAAAUGAGGAGUAUCUCCCUCUCGAGAUGGUGAUAAUCACACAGCUAUAACGUGCUGUACAGGCGUGAACCUCUCCACUCUUUGGGAGUAACAGGAGCGGCUGAUUUCAUUGUGGCUGUAGUUAACACGUUGGAAUAUUGACUUUUUCACAAACAAAAGGCAGGCUUGAACACAACUCCGUAACUGCCACCACUUAUUUUGAUUAAACGUCAGUUUUGCUCUUUAUUGUUAACAGCAGCUGUGUAGUGUCUUGUCCCAGAUUCUGUCAAAGGAAUAUGUUUCACUGUGGUGUUGUAUUUAUAUUUGACAUUUAACUGCUAUUAAAAAGAGCUAGGGGGUCUGAUCGCCCUAGAAAAGCUCCCAUUAACUUCAGUGCUGUAGUUACCAGCCUAGAAAUGGAAAGGUAUAUAUAUAUAUUUUUGUUUUUUUAAGAAUUCUGUGGGUACUUUCAAAGAAGGAGCAUUUUAAACCUGUGAAUUACAGAAACAAUAGAUUAUUAAAUGUCCAGCUCAUAAGGUUAGCAUAGGCAUGUGUGGGCAUGCUUUUUUAAAGCAUCCAGCUGAGAAUCUGUGUAAUUUUAGAAACAUGCUUUAGUAGCCCGAGGAUAACACCUCUUAGGUAACUACUUUUAAGCCACUGUAUUUUGUUGAUGGUAGCAUCUUUUAUAAGAUAAGUAUCUGUGGUUCUUUUUGCUUGGUCUUACUGAAUUGCACAAAUGUAUCUAUUUACCUUCUCAGCUUGUGAGUAAAUUGGCAGCCAAUGCUAUUUUAAUGUAAAAGUGGUAACGUUUAAUUAAAGCAACAAGUUAUCACUAAAAGUAGCUUAAAAAAUAGCUGUUAUCUCAGGCAGAGAUUUUGAUUACUUGACUUUUUUUUUUUUUUUUUAAGAUGGCACAUUACAAGAAAAAAUGUUUAGCAAAUUUAUUUGAAAGAGGGGGAACAUAAAAAAACUGCUAAAAACUAGAAUAAUGUCUGAGAAAGAUACUAAUGUUUUUAUUUAAUGCAAUGUCAGGGUACUGGGGUUUUAUUUUAAAAGAUUGAGCUAAACUGUUGAAGCACUUUAUAAUUCUGGCCUACUAACACAUCCUCAGUAUCCAAGGAAAGUUACAGAAAUACAAGGUUUGGAGAACCUUUGUGGCUAUUUUUUAUUUUUUAAUUCUAGGAAAUUAUCUGUAUGCCAGUGAGUGUUCUCCAGAUGAUGGUGUUUCUGAAAUAAGUAUUUGUUUUCUAACAGUUCUAUUGUUCUGCUAUUGUUUUCAUCAACCUGUGUAGAAAUUCUAAGACUCCUGUAACAGAACUUUCUUCCAAGCUUUGACAGAAAUUUGUUUAAAUAUUUCUCCUGAACGUUGUGUAGCUAGUAUUACUAGAAUUUUUCUUAUUAAAGGGGAAUGAAAAGUAUUGUAUGCUCUAGUAUGUCUUUUUUUUUUUUUUGUAUCAGCUGUGUGUAAGACAUUUUAUGUAAUUUGAAACAUUAAGUGUAACUUACAAAUUUAAAGGUAAAAAAAUAUAUUUUUAACGUAUUGUGUGACUGUAAUGAUUUGGUGAUUUUUUUUUUUUUUUUUUUUUUUCAGCACUGUCAUAUAUUUUGAUUAGUUGAUCACUGGUAUUUUGAUUCUCAUUUUAAAGCUUUGAAUAAUGAUGAUUUUUCCUGCUAGUUUUUUAAACAGGCUAAUAUCUAGUUUAUAAUAUCAUCUAAUUACUAUUCUAAUUUAAUUGCAAUAAUUUUGCACUCAAAAGCUUUGCUUUAUCUUUUGCCUAGAACUUUAUAUUCUCAUUUUUAUUAUUUUCUUAAAAGUUUUUAAGUAAUUAAAUAAAACAAGUUACUACUUUCUAUCUUGUGUUUAAACCUGACAGUAAGGUUUUAUUUCAGUGUAAAUAUCCUAAUCACUUUAUGACCUACCAUGUGUAAUUACUCUUAAUCUAUUUUUGUAUUAUGUGUGUGUGUGUGUAUAUAUUUAUACACGCUGUUGUGUUUGGUUUUGUUGUUACUGGUUUUGUAGAAAAUGUAAAGUGAAAAAAGUCCAGUCAUAUGUGGUAUCAGAUUCUAUAGCGUAUAACUUCAGAAUACUGUAAACUAGUAUUAAGAAACCUGUUACAGUGUCAUUGAACUAUACUUUCAAGAAAGAUGAGAAACAUUGUCUUUUGGAAUAAAAAUUUUAAUUUAAA